CAACUUCUUGGGUGGAAUCCGAGCUCCCUGGCACGGCGGCUGCGUUGGGUUUUCAGAGGCAAACCUUGAAAGUGGAUCUGGGCAUGGAUCUGCAUGAAGGCAUGAAGCGACCCCUGAGCCCAUCACACAGCCCCGAGAGUGGGGUGCAGGCGCUGGAGGCCGGGAGCUGCCCCCCGGGCCAGCCCGAGCAGCGCAUGAAGAGGGAGAAGAAGCACCAAUCCUUCACACUGUGCGAGGUCUGCAACAUCCAGCUCAACUCGGCCGCGCAGGCUCAGAUCCACUACAACGGCAAAUCCCACCAGAAGCGCCUCAAGCAGCUCAACAAGGGCAAGAUGCCGGCAGCACAAGGUCCCUCCGGACACAGCAGCCCCCUCUUAGCAUCGUUGCCUAUCCCCGGCCGACCCCUCCAUCCCCCCUUGGACAUCAAGCACUUUCUGACCUUGAGGCUCAACGGGACAUCACCGCUCAACCUCUUCCCCAACUUCAACACGAUGGACCCGGUGCAGAAGGCAGUGAUCAGCCACACGUUUGGGGUGCCCGCGCCGCUCAAGAAGAAGCAGUUCAUCUCCUGCAACAUCUGCCACCUGCGCUUCAACUCUGCCAACCAGGCAGAAGCCCACUACAAGGGCCACAAGCACGCGCGGAGGCUGAAAGCCAUCGAGGCCAUGAAGAACAAGCAGAAGGUGAUGGGGGCUGAUCUGGCCCCCAGCCCCGAGGGCAGCGGGGAGCCCGGCAGCACGGCCCAAGCCAACGGGCUGCCGGAGCCCGAGGGUGAGUGCAGCUCCCUGGGGCUGACCCCCAGCACCGAGGAGUCGCCGUCGGAGCUGCCGGGCACCAUCGCCCCAUUGGGGUCCCCCCCGGCCUCGGAGCUGUCGGAGGCCACCUCGGACACCACGAGCGUGACCUCCCCGGGCACCGAGGUGCAGGCAGCGGAAUCAGGCAGCAGCAGUGGCAGCUCAGCCCCUGAGAGCGAGGGCAAGAAGAGCAAACAGCAUCUGUACUGCCCCACGUGCAAGGUGACCGUCAACUCCCUGUCCCAGCUGGAGGCUCACAACACCGGUGCCAAGCACAAGUCCAUGCUGGAGGGUCACGGCGCCCAGAUGCGGCGAGGCCGAGGCAAGCUCCUCUCCCGGGCAGGGCACAAGUCCAAGCGGAUCGGGAACAAGGGCAGCAUCAACAUCCAGAACAAGGCGUUUCACUGCCAAGUGUGUGAGAUCUACGUCAAUUCGGAGACGCAGCUCAAACAGCACAUGAGCAGCCGGAGGCACAAAGACAGGCUGGCAGGGAAGCCACCCAAGCCCAAGUACAGCCCCUAUAACAAGCUGCAGAAGAAUGCUGCCCUCGCAGUGAGUAUUCUCAAGUCCAAGCUGGCUCUGCAGAAGCACCUCACCAAGACGUUGGCAACGCGUUUCCUGCCCGGCCCUCUGGCCGCCGUCUGCGCCCUGCCCGGGCCGCUGCCGCUGCGCCCCGCGGCCGCCACCGCGCUCUUCCAAGCGCCGCUGCUCGGCCCAGCGCUCUUCCGAACGCCGCCGGCUCACGUCCGCCCCACGCCCGGUCCCAUCGUGUUCGCUCCCUACUGAAGCCGCCGCUGCGGGUCCGUCGCUGCGCUGCGGGGCUGCCCCGGGUCCGUCGCUGCGCUGCGGGGCUGCCCCGGGACCGUCGCUGCGCUGCGGGGCUGCCCCGGGUCCGUCUCUGCGCUGCGGGGCUGCCCCGGGACCGUCGCUGCGCUGCGGGGCUGCCCCGGGUCCGUCGCUGCGCUGCGGGGCUGCCCCGGGUCCAUCGCUGCGCUUCCAGCUGGUGGGAAACCGUAGUCGUAGGCACCAACCCCGGCUUCUCCUCCGCUUCCCGUGCGCUCCUGCGGGAGCCGAUGCCCCGGCAGAGCCCAGCCAGCCCCACCGCGCGUCCCCGCUCUGCCCUGCCCGUGCUGGUGCGCAACAGAGCCCCUCGCAGGGCUGAGCACAAGGAGAGGAGGGUGCCCGGGUCACCAGGACCAUUGCGUGGCCAAGGGGCUCGAUGGCUUCUUGUUCAUCCCCCUCCCAGUUACCAGACUGGAAGAGGAGCCGGCUGGUCCCUGCGCGGGGAAGCAUCCCUCUGGCCAGCCCAGCAGGAAGGGAGCUGCGAGGGCAGCCUCAGCCCAGCUCUGACUGGAUGGAACAUCCCAGCACAAGUGGGAAGUUGGAAGUUCCCCCUCGGGCCGGACUGGCUGUGCCCUCACCAGCCCUGCACUUGCCUGUGCUGGCUGGGGGGGUUCUGUGAUGCCCACCAGCCUCCUAGACCCCAAACUCCACAUCCCACCAGCCAAAGAGCCAUCGCUGUGGAGGGCACCGGCUCCACUGCCCGUAUCUUCACUCCAAGAGCAAUAGCUGAAGCCCAGGGCCGGUGCCUCAUCCCUUGGAAAGCACAUUGCCCGGCCCCGGGAAGCCCAGAGUGCGUGCGGGUCCCUGUGCUCAGCACCAGCUCUUUGCCCUGCCCCUACCUCCCGGGAGAUGCUGUGAGGCUGAGUGAAUGUCCCUAAAGCACUUUUGGUUCUCCAGUGAAAGGCAACGCUGCUGCCUUCCAACCCCGUUCCCAUUAGGAGCUUCCAGGGAGUUACAGAUGAUUCCCAAACCCCAAGCUGUCCCCAGCAGCCCGGACAAUCAGGUACAAAGGAGCAGGCGGCACCCGGUGAUGCUCCCAUCGUAGCCUGCAGGAAUCUGGGCUCCGGAGGGACCCCUGAGCCGUAGCUCUGCUUUUCACUGUGCUCACAAAGCCCAGCGGUGACGUGGUUUGGAGCUGGACCUGCGGCUCCGGGUUCCUGGCACGCUGCUGCAAAUGGAAAUAUGCAGGAAAGUUGCAACCCAAACAGCCCCAAGGCUGGAGUGAAACCCACCCGAUCUAUGCAAUGCAGGGGAGCAGCUCGCCCUCGCUCUGCGCUUACCUUGGUGCUGAUGCUGACUGUGCACCCAGAGCAGAACCACCCGAUGCAGCUCCGUGCAGGUGAUUCCCUCUCCGUGCCCUGGCCCCGGGUGAUGGGUCAGGUCUCUGCUGUGGCCCCAUGGGAAGAGGCAGGUGGGUCUGUGCACCUGGGAAUCCACAGGCACAGGAAGCACAUCCAACACCUUGGCCAGGAGCAAUGUCUGGAUUUCAGGAUUUUUCCUCCACUGAUGCUCCUGGCGAUGGGAAGUGAAUGGGAAGCAGCCAACGGGUAACCCAAGGGGCUGAAAUGCUGCUGCUGCCCAGAGCUGGAGCUUUGCACAAGGGCAGGAGGCUUGCACGGAGCACGGAGCUGUGCACCUGCAUCUGCCAUGGGCAGCACUGAGCCUUGGUGCCACCGCACCCAGCCACAGAGGACAGGAGCACGGGGGAGCCCCUGGGUAUGGAUUCAUCUCUCAGGACAGCUCCACACCAGAGGAGGAGGAGAGUGGAGAGGGCACCAGAGAAGAGCGAGCUUGAAUGGAAGGUUGGGGGUAGAGCCAACCACGAGCUCCUGCAGCGGUGAUGGGAGAUGUGGCUCGAGGAAGGCUCCAGCAGCAGAGGCCUCAGCAGGGACAGGAGGUGGUCGCACAGCCCCAGGGACACGUGCAGCCCACACGCCAUGGGGCAGGAGGGAGGACACAGCUCCCAGUGCAUGGCAGUGCCAAGCAGCCCGUGGCUCCAGCCCUCCCCUGCUCACCUGCCUGCAGCAGAGGGGGCCCCAUCGGUGCCCUCCAGCCUCAGGAGCUGGGAGCAGCCCCGCUCCAGCCUGCAGGAGCCAUUGGACACUGGGGGGGGGGGGGUCGUUCCCCUGCGUUUUGUUCUCUAAAAGGCCUGUGCUGGAGCCAGCAGCAGCUGCUCAGUCACCCCCCACCAGUGGAGUCCUGGUACACUCCUCUACUUGGCACUUUAACCCUUGAAAGCCAUUCCUUCUAAUAACAAUAAUACUGCAAUGAGAACCCCCCCCCUUCUACCAUGUCCCAGGCCCCCCAGCCCCCUGCUCCUGUGCUAUCCAAAGCAUUUACUGCCUUUGACUUAGCAUAUGCUGUACUAGGUUGUAGGGCAUAGUCCAUAGCGCUCGAUACCGUGUGCCCCUCUGUACAUAACCUUGGAGUGAUGUGAACAGUUUGAUUCAAACAAACCAACCCCCCCCC